CUGUAACCUCCCCAAAAUAUAACCACCAAAAAAAAGCUACUCUUGAAACUUCUCUCUCAUCACUCUCUCUCUCUCUCUCUCUCUCUCUCUCGCUGAUGAUUCCGGCCAAUCUCCAGUCCCCUUGUUCCCCUUCCUUCUAAAGGGGGAAUCAAACCCUAGCCCCUCCAAAUCGCCAUCUUCAGCUUUUCUUCAGGUCGGGAUUUAUGUCCCAAAAUCAAACCAGAGGCCGAUCGAGCAAUCCGAGGGGAUUCUCCGGCGGAAGAGGCCGAGGGCGCGCUCAGCCUCCAGUCUCAUCAAAUUCAUCAGCGUCUCGGAGUCUCAAGAAAUCAGGCAAUGGACAAUCGAGGGCAACUCCCAUUGGCACGAAUCAAGUACCAGUAUCUUCACAAGGAUCAUCGGAGUUGCGCACCUCAAAUGCAGGUUCGAGACCGAUUCCGAAGGCUCCAUCUUCUCAGCCUUCUCACUCAGCAACUCCACCUAAAGGGGGUGCAUCGCGAGAAUCAUUUCCUCUUCAGUUUGGGAGUAUAAGUCCAGGGAUCAUGAACAAGAUGCAGAUACCUGCUCGGACGAGUUCUGCCCCGCCGAAUUUGGAUGAGCAGAAGAAUGCACAGGCUCAUCAUGAUUCGUUCAGGACCAAAUCCACAAUGCCUCCACCCACUGCUCUAAAAGAGCAACAGCAGCAGAUGAGGAAUGAUGUGACUGGCCUUAAUCAAUCUAGCACUCGAGAUUCUCAUCCUCAAUCCCAGACAAACAGGGAUGUACAUGUUCCCAUUUCAUUGGCUCCUGCUUCAAUACCACCAAAAUCUUCUGUUCUUCCUAUAGGUGGGAUGCCAAUGCACCUCCCCUUUCAACAGCCUCAAGUUCCCAUUCAAUUUGGUGGUCCAAGCCCACAAAUGCAACCACAAGGUGUCACAUUCAAUUCACUACAAAUGCCGAUGGCAUUACCUAUUGCCCAAGCUCCUCAGCAGUUUUUUGUUCCCAGUAUCCCGUCUCAUCCACUGCAACAACCGACCAUGAUGCAUCAGGGGCAGGGCUUAGGCUUUGCACAUCAAAUAGGUCACCAAAUGCCUUCUCAGUUAGGCAACCUCGGGUUUGGGAUUGGCCCACAAUUUUCUCAGCCACAGCCUGUAACUUUUGUUGGUACAAGGAGGAGCACCGUGAAGAUAACUCAUCCAGAUACACAUGAAGAGUUGAAGCUUGAUAUGCAUAAAGAGAGUAAGGCAUCCAAUCAAAAGCUGCAAGCCGUUCUGACUUUUAGUUCCUCUCAUCAAACAAACUACCAUUCUACCAUGCAAGCUAAUUCUUAUAACCCUUCACCAAUUUUAAACCCCACAUCUAAUUCUCAAAUGACUACAGGUUCACAAGGUCCCCGAUAUAGAACUCCUGUUGGUCAAAAUGGGCAAACCAUUUUGUUCAGUAAGCAAUCUGUCCAUAAUCCCAUAUCAGGCAACAAACCUGAGCAAUCAUUGCAAGUUUCUGCUCCUCCUUCUGUCCGUGUGACAAUUAGACCAGCUGUCAAUUCAUUUGAGGAGAAAACUGGAUCAAUACACCAAAGUAAGUUGCAAACUCAGAAAGAGGGUGGUGAAGUUGAUCAGCAGCCCAAAUCAAUUGAAAUAGCAAGUGAUACUUUUUCAGCUGAAGAUGAACAUUCCACCACAGCACCAUCUUCUAGAAUAUCUUCAUCACAUUUGACUCCAGUUGGAGAUUCUAUUCAGAGAUCAGACUCCAUAAAGGAACAGGAGGGAAGAACUAGUAAAAGAGCAUAUCAUCAGCAACAAAAUAAGCCAGAUGUACUAGAUUCUGAAGGAAUGACAAAAACAAUCUCGAAGUCAAUCAAAGAUAGCAGUGACAUGAUUGCUCAGGAGAAGCUUGAGUUCCUUUCACUGUCAAAUUCUUCUGCUUCUAUCACUGGUUUGCCUUUUCCAGCUGUACAACAUGAAAAUUCUGCAGAAUCCAAGAUUAAAGCAGUGCCUUCACUUUCCGAGUCAUAUAGAGUUACACUGGAAAAGGAAGUAUCAGGAGAUUCUUCUAUUUGUUCUGCUGUUUCACUGGAGUUGGCAACCAACCGCUAUUUGUCUGAGGAGGGAGAUUCACAUGAGGCAUCAACUUCUUUGGAUUCUAAGGCUGGGAGAACUAUAUCUGAAAUUUCUGAUUCCGCAUCAAAUUUACAUGAGAAUACAUCUGCUGAAACUGAAAAAGCACAUGAAGAUUUAGCUUUGAAUGGCAAAUCUGAAGUAUCUGCUGAUUUACAAGAUAGCACAAGUGCUGGAUCAUAUCCAGUUUCCACAGCACCUGAUUCUCUUGAAACUGUUAAUACAACUGCAACUAGGGAAAAUGAAGAAAUUGUAGUUGAUAAGCCUGAAGAAAAAGCUAGUCAUGUAUUAUGUCAUGGUGAAGAGCAGCCAGGGACUGGACAGGUGGUGCACUGCAGGCUAGAGGUUGAAAUGGGAGAAAAGAAGACAGAUGUUCUUUCUUCAUUUUCUGAGUCUAAACAUACCGGAUAUCCUUUAUCAUCUUCUCAUGCCGCUGAAGAUAAACCUUCAGGCCCUGAUAGUAUUUUAAAUAAAUUUGAAACGGAAAGCAGCCAGGAUUCUCUACAAGGUUCAGUUUCCUUGGGGCAUAAACAUAAAUUGGACGGUGAAGUUACAGAAUCGUCCAGUAGGGAGGGACUCAAAGACAAGCCUAAUUUGGAUCCUGUAAGAAGUAAGGUUAAUGCUGGAAAAAAGAAGAAAUUAAAGGACAUUCUCUCUAGGGCAGAUGCUGCAGGGAGUUCAGACCUUUAUAAUGCAUACAAGGGCCCAGAGGAAAAAAAUUCAGUAGUUGAUACAUCAGAAAGCAUUGAUGAUUCUUUAACAGUUGAUGCAAAGAAUGUGCUUGCAGAUGACCAUAAUGAAGAUGUUCUUGAUGUAGAAGUUGGGCAGAUUACAUCUGAGAUUGAUGAUUGGGAAGAUGCCGCUGAUGUCUCUUCUCCAGAUUUAGCGGUGGAGAACAUACAGCAGGCUCAUAAAAAUGAAACUACUAGUAAAAAGAGCUACACCAUCGAUUUUCUGUUGACCUUUUCUGAGCAAUCUGCAGAUCUUCCUGUAGGCUUUGAGAUAGAAUCUGACAUAGCAAAUGCUUUAAUGGUUAGUCCAGUCAGGACAUAUCCCAGCCCAGGAAGAAUCCUGGAUAGAUCUCCUUAUCAUGGAAAUGAUGAGAAGUGGACCAAAGCAGCUACUGGUUUUGGUAUUGGGCAUGACAUUCGAUUAAAUAUGGGUUAUGCGGUUGCCAAUAUAAGUUCUCGACCAGCUCAAGGAGUUAAUAAUCUGGCUGUCAGGCAUUCACGUGCUCAUCCAUCCACUCACUUUGCUAGUGGGAUUCUCCCUGGGCCUAUGCAACCUCUGUCUAAUGCUGAUUCAGACAGGUGGCAGCGUGCUAUUGGUGCUCAAAGAGGUUUUAUACCUUCUCCUCAUGCACCGUCUCAAAUAAUGCAUAAGGCUGCAAAUAAGUAUGAAAUAGGUAAGGUGUCUGACAUAGAACAGGCAAAGCAAAGGCAGCUGAAAGCUAUACUUAACAAGUUGACACCUCAGAAUUUUGAGAAACUCUUUUUACAAGUUAAAGAGGUUAACAUCGACAACACAGUUACUCUUACUGGGGUCAUUUCCCAGAUUUUUGAUAAAGCCUUGUCGGAGCCAACCUUUUGUGAGAUGUAUGCAAAUUUCUGUGCCUGCCUUUCUAAUGAAUUACCAGAUUUCGUCGAGGACAAUGAAAAAAUUACCUUUAAAAGGUUGCUUCUCAACAAGUGCCAAGAAGAAUUUGAAAGAGGUGAGAGAGAGGAGGAAGCGGGCAGAAUAGAAAAGGAAGGUGAAAGCAAACAAACUGCAGCACAAAGAGAAGAGAAACGAAUCAAGGCACGACGACGGAUGCUUGGAAAUAUUCGUCUGAUAGGAGAAUUAUACAAAAAGAGAAUGCUGACAGAGAGGAUCAUGCAUGCAUGUAUACAAAAAUUGCUGGGAGAAUAUCAGGAUCCUGAUGAGGAGGAUCUUGAAUCUUUGUGUAAGUUGAUGAGCACAAUAGGGGCCAUGAUAGAUCAUGCCAAGGCCAAGGAACAUAUGGAUGCAUAUUUUGACAGGAUCUCAAAACUUUCUACCCAUCCGAAGCUAUUACCUCGAACUAGAUUCUUGCUAAGGGACACAAUUGAUCUUAGAAAGAAUAAUUGGAAAGAGAGAAGAAAAGUUGAAGGGCCAAAGAAGAUUGAUGAGGUUCACAGAGAUGCAGCACAUGAGCGGCAAGCUCAAGCUGGCAGAUUGGCUCGUGGCCCUGUCAUUACUUCUGGACCAAGACGAGGACCUCCUGCUGAUUAUAACCUGAGAGGAUCUGCUUUGCUAUCUUCUCCAAAUUCUCAGCAAAUUGGCGCUGCUCGUGGUUUACCUACUCAGUUCCGUGGGUAUACCAAUCAAGAUACUCGAGCGGAUGACAGAAAUCACUUUGAGAGUAGGGUGCUAUCUGUUCCCCUCCCGAAAAGGACCACUGAUGACAAUUCCAUCACUUUAGGUCCUCAAGGUGGUCUAGCUCGGGGUAUGUCCAUUAGAGGAGAAAGCAUGUUAAGGGACUUCCGGAUUGAUGUGAAUGAUAAAUCUGCAUCAACUAACCCUUCUGGGAGAAUACAUGGAUCUUCAAGUGGAAUUGUAGAGACACCGUCUCAGUCAAAAUUUUUAUCUGAAGAAGAUUUACGGGAGAAGUCCGUAUCUGCCAUAAGGGAGUUCUAUAGUGCCAAAGAUGAGGAGGAGGUAGCUUUAUGCAUCAAAGAGCUCAAUUCCCCUAGUUUCUACUCUUCCAUGAUAUCACUAUGGAUCGCAGACUCCUUUGAAAGGAAAGAAACAGAACGAGAUCUCUUGGCCAAGCUUCUCAUCAGCCUUUGCAAACAUCAAAAUAGCUUGUUCAGCCAUUUUCAGCUCAUCCAGGGGUUCGAAUAUGUUCUUUCUUCACUUGAGGAUGCCGUUAAUGAUGCUCCCAAGGCUCCAGAAUUCCUUGGUCACAUAUUUGCCAAAAUUGCACUAGAGGAUGUGGUUUCUUUAAGAGACAUAGGAAAAAUAAUAUAUGAAGGGGGAGAAGAGCCAGGGAGUUUAUUGGAAUCUGGGCUUGCAUCAGAAGUCCUAGGUUGUGUUUUAGAAUUCAUAAAAAUGGCGAAGGGGGAUUCGAUGUUGAGGGAGAUAUGUUUAAAUUCUAAUCUUAAGCUGGAGGAUUUCAUACCGAGGCAUCCCACCAAAAAUAACAAGCUUGCUGCAUUUCUUUAGAGAGAUGAAGGUGACUGUAUUGGCUUACGUCCAAAUUGUGUAAUGUGCAAGUCGUCAACUGGGACUGGAAGCGCAUUGAUUAGUUGCGGUGUAACGGACAAUUGCGAUUAGUCCAAAGUGUCAUAGUUGCAUGAAACUGCAAUUGCAAUGUUUGCAAUUGUAGCAAAUCAAACCGACUUCUAGGUUGUCCGAAUUGGAGUUGUGGCUCUGAAGCUUGUCAAGAAGACCAAGCUCACUGAUAAAGAAAUUGGACCAAGAAGGAAAAAAAAAGGGAUUUUCCAGCAGUGAAUUGAUUUAAAUAUUGUCGAACAACAAAAGCGAAGCGUUGAAGUGGAAGACAUGAAUAUGUUUUUCCAAAAAUAGGGUUUCGAGCUGGUUUUUUUUUUUUGUUGCUCCGUUGUUGUGUAUUUUCAGGCAACUCUUACCGUUCAGCAUGUAAAACUUGGACGACUAGAUUUUACAAUGGCUAUAUUGCGCAACUUUCUUAGUUGAAUAAGAUUAUAUCAAUAU